AUGGGUGACCCUCUCGCCGGUGCUCAAGCCGUAGCCGUUGAGCAACGGGUGACAGUUAAUCGGCCGUCCAGGCCAUGCGACUCGUGCCGGAAGAGAAAGAGUCGCUGCGAGAUGCCCGACGGAGCGUCUUCUUGUGUGCUCUGCCAGUUCCAUCACCGGGAGUGUACCUUUCAGCAAACGACCCGGCCGAGAAAAAGGAAGAUCACGUUUCCAGAGGAUGAAGAGCAGGAGGUCAUGUCGAUGCCAUGGACGGCGUCGCGACAUGGUUCCACGUCAAGCGCCACGAGUGCGAUACGCACCGUCGCCAGGAUAGACUGCUAUGAAAACUUCAAAGGCCCUACGCUGCUCCGCAAGACGCUGGGGCUGCAGACUCACCGACACGCGACCUUUCUCGGCCCAUCCUCCGACUUUGAGCAGAGUCUCCUGCACUCGGCUUCUCUGGUCAGUCAUGACGAAAUCACCAUCGGCCCAGUAGCCCUCCGCAAAGUGGGUUCGACGGAUACCUUCCUCCAGACGCUUGAUGAGAGCACCUUGAGCCAUCCAGAAGAAAUCUCACGGCUGGAUGCCGUCGAGACUCUUGUCGCACCCCAUGGACACGAGCUGAUCCGCCUGUACUUCCGCAUUGUUCACCCUAGCUUCCCCAUCUUGCACAAAAAGGUAUGGCUUGAAAAAUACAAUCGUACACACCGCGAGUUUUCUCCGCCUUGCCUCGCUUUUGUAUACAUUCUUGCCCUACACUGGUGGACGUAUAGCGCAGAACUGGCCUCGCUACCGAAGCCUAACACCACGAAGCUUGAGGAAAUCGCAUUGCGAGCGUUGGCUGAAGUAGUGCACCGGCCCAAGCUCUCCACAAUCCAAGCUGGUCUUUUGCUCCUCCAGCAACCAAAGGGCGACUCAUGGGCAUUAACCACGCAAUUGGUUGGCAUCGGCCAGGAAAUUGGGCUACAUCUAGACUGCUCUGACUGGAGCAUACCCACGUGGGAAAAGGGCCUUCGGAAGCGGCUCGCCUGGGCCUUGUUUAUGCAAGAUAAAUGGGGUGCACUUGUUCAUGGCCGGCCGUCUCAUAUCAACUACGAAGAUUGGCUUGUCCAGCCGCUUACGGCUGACGAUUUCCCCGAGAACGCUGUAGAUGAAAACGAUGAGGAUGGCAGUGCAGAAGUCGAGAAGGGUCGAUUAUUGUUUUGUGAGAUGGUAAAGCUGACUGAGAUCCUGUCCGAAAUCCUGUCCACUUUUUACACCCUGCGAGCUCAGCGCGAGCCCAGAGGAGGCCUAAGGGAACAGUUGGCCAUUGCAAAACCUAUCCAGAUUCGGUUGAAGGAGUGGUUCUCGCAACUUCCUGAAUCUGUGAAAGGAGAGGAUGUCAAGCCGAGAAAACUGUCUUCCACAGGGUAUCUCUGCCUUGCAUACUAUGCUACUGAAAUCACCUUGCAUCGCCAUAUUAUUCGCGUGGCAUCGGAUGAGGCGGACCCAGAAUUGGUCGAGAUAUGUCGCAACGCAGCAAAAGCUCGUUUGUGCUCCGCAGUCGACUUCGUCAGUAAUCUAAAGCCGGAGCAUUUGCAAUCGUUUUGGUACUCGCCAUCUUACUAUAAUUUUUCAAUCAUCAGCACAUUCAUGGUCCUUCUUUGGUCGACCGCAACAACCACAGAAGAAGCGGCGUUUUAUCGCCAGAAGCUUACUACAUACCGAUGGAUCCUUCGGGUGUCAAGCAAUGCCUCUGACGUUCUAGAGCGUGCCAACGCGCAACUGCUCCUGUCAACAGAUGGCCUGACCAAAUUAAUCCCAGAGGAGGUGGUUGGUCGAGUAGAUAGUCCGGAGGAGUCUACAACGUCUCACGAACACCUUGAUGACCCGUUUGAUACCCCAUUGGCGACGAUUUCUUCGCCUCAAAUUCUUCAAACAUUAGAUGUUGGGGGACCGUUUUCCCCUACUGCGUAUCAGUUGGGCGAGAUGUACCCCAGUUUCGAGUACGAUAUUGACUUUCAGGGUCUUGGCACAGCAAACGCGGUGUGA